AUGCGUUCUCUCGUCAAAAAGGGUAACACCAUCCAUGUCCCCGCCCAUUUCCUGGGUGGUGAGAAGAGCGAGAAGAUCACCCUGAACUGGAGCCAGUGGCUAGGAUCUCACAGUGAAGACUAUUAUGUCUGCAACUACACCGUCAAGUCCGGUGUAGACGACGCUAGUGGUCUCAUCUUUGUGCAGGCCGACAAGGUUGAUGAGUUCAAAUCGAAGAAGACAGACGGAGAAGAUCUCACGGUCACGGUCGACGAGUCAUUCGAGUACGGACAAAACGUCGAUAUGACCAAGCGUUUCCUCGUGUUUCACAACACAGACAACAGGCCCUAUCAGGUAAUUGAGCUAUGA